CCUUUUCAGGCGGCCUAGCUGUAAGAGCCACUCAGGCCCGGGUUUGGGUUUAACUCUUUAGAGGUGAGUUCAUAGUGCGUGGGACAGUUGUUGGUAGUGACUGUGCCACGUCUGCUAGGAAGUUGGGAGUCAUGAAGUUGCCAGAGGCUGUUGUCCUUAAGUCUUCAACUACAUUCUUAACUCUAUGAGGUCCGGAGCUCUUUCUCUGUUUUUGUAGGAACUUCUUCCCUGCUCUGGCAACAUGAGGUUUUUCUUUUGGAACGCAAUCCUGACGCUGUUAGUCACUUCUUUGAGUGGGGCUCUGAUUCCUGAACCAGAAGUGAAGAUUGAAGUCCUCCAGAAACCGUUCAUCUGCCAUCGCAAGACCAAAGGAGGGGACUUGAUGUUGGUCCAUUAUGAAGGCUACUUAGAAAAGGACGGCUCCUUAUUUCACUCCACUCACAAACAUAACAAUGGUCAGCCUAUUUGGUUUACCCUGGGCAUCCUAGAGGCUCUCAAAGGUUGGGACCAGGGCUUGAAGGGAAUGUGUGUAGGAGAGAAGAGAAAGCUUAUCAUUCCUCCUGCCCUGGGAUAUGGAAAAGAAGGAAAAGGGAAAAUUCCCCCAGAGAGUACGCUGAUAUUCAACAUUGAUCUCCUGGAGAUUCGAAAUGGACCGAGAUCCCAUGAAUCAUUCCAAGAAAUGGAUCUUAAUGAUGACUGGAAACUCUCUAAAGAUGAGGUUAAAGUGUAUUUAAAGAAGGAGUUUGAAAAGCAUGGUGCGGUGGUAAAUGAAAGUCAUCAUGAUGUUUUGGUGGAGGAUAUUUUUGAUAAAGAAGAUGAAGACAAGGAUGGAUUUAUAUCUGCCAGAGAAUUUACAUAUAAACAUGAUGAGUUAUAGAGACAUGUCUGCCCAUUUUAUAUAGCAUCCAUCCUUAAAAGAGAGGACAACCAUUUUUAAAGAAAGUCUUAUUUGUUAACAAUGUUCUGUUCAGGCUUUGUUUUUUAUUUUUAUAUAAUUUUCCAAAUAUUAUUUGAAGAACUCCUUAGGGUUUCUCAGUACCCAUUUCUUUCUGGUGAGUUAUUGGGAAGAAAAAAAAUGACUUGUCUUUGAAUAUAAGACUUCUGGACCAUUUUCCACUUUCACAUAUGAAGCCUUAUGUUUUACUUGCUUACUUGUAAUUUUAAAAUACUGCAACUGGGAGCAUGCCCAACAUAAGACUAGAUUAUAGCACAAAUCAGCCCCCUCUAUUUCUUCUUCCCUCUGUUUUCUCUGAGUUAGAUACUGAUAUUUGAAAAGCCUUUUGCAAUAGCCCAAGGCUUACUAUUUUCAUGUUAUAAUGAAACAGUGCUGUCUGUAACUGCCUCUGAGUCUCUGCUUGAGGAAGAGAGGAAAAUGGUUGUUGAACUCGUUAAGAACUACUGCCUUACUGAGAUGGACAAUGCUGAAGUGAGUAACAAAGGUAAUAAUUUAUAAAUAUGUAUACAUUGCAAUAUUCUGCCUAGGAUUUAAUCUACAUAAGGUUGGGUUCCUAGGGACUAAUAACCUAUCAUGGUUAUUAGGACAGAUUAUUUAUGUGUGUAUGUCUUAAUGAUAAUACGUGUCAAAAUAUUGUAGAGGAGGUAGAGAGUUGUGUGGAGUUGGUGUUUUUUAAGGCUGGCAGAUUACCCUUCCUGGUUCUUUAAUUAAUAAAGUUUGUAACUAGUAUAUUAUACAACAAUUACAUUGUUUCAUAAGAGAAAUUUAGUAAGCCAGUCAAAAUUUUCCCAUUUCUGCCUCAUAAAAAAAUGAGGCAGACCCACAGCAGCUACUGUUGAAUAGAGGUCUAUCCUGGCUCAAAGAGUUGAUGAUUUUAUAAUUUUAUUUUAAAUUGGAAUUUUUCCUUACUACUUUUACAAUGCGCCCAAAUAUCUGUUUGCUAAGAAUAGUCUUUUAUAAGCUUACAAAGUGAUCUCAAGUGCCUCAUUGUUGGAUUCUCAAUGCUCUGAAGCCUAUGAAAAAGGAGAGUAGAUCUUAAUGUACCUAUUUAAAAGUUGAGGAAAUUGUCAUUCAAAGAGAUUGAUGGUUGUGCCCAAGGUCAACAGUGAACCUGUAGAACCAUAUUUCAGUCCCCAAGUUCAAUAUCUUUCUACUGCCUUUUACCAUUGAAAAAGUGAAAUUUUUCUUUGAAUUCAUUGGACCUAAUUCUCUCUGCAAUUUGCUCUCCUAGCAGUCAACUCUUUUGUCUCUGGGUCCUUAUCCUUUGAGAUGGUUUACUGGCUGUUUCUGGUGUUUCUGAAUUCUCCCCAUGAUCCAGAAAUGGCUCUGGUUUCAUUGAAUAAUCUUGGGCUGAGCACUGAAUUGCCUCAAAAACCCUGUGCGGUAAGAGAGCCCAGGGGUGUGUCUUAGUCCUUUCAUUCCUGUUUACCUCUAGGUGUUUUUUUUUUUUUUAAGACUUAUGAAAAAUUAUUACAUCCUAUACAGACUACUUUCACCAAUUAUAUAUUGACAUUUUUGUCAUUAAAACAAACUUCUUGAGAAGAACAUAAAUAACACUUUUUUCAGAUGACAUCAGCUAUAUCUAGAAAACUUUUAAGUUGUCACUGCUGUUUUCCUCAACCUGGAAGAGUUACAAACCACAAUACAGAAAGUUGUACUCUGUGCUACGGAGGGGAAAGCUUGUCAUAUGGUGAUACUUCAUAUAAACAUUACUCUUGCUAUCUAUGGUAGAGCAAAAAAAGUGAAAAGAAUUUUGGUUAUUCGGGUAGCAUAUUUCUUUAUCUUGUGUGAAUUGGCAUCAGUUCCCAUCUAAAUAUUUAGACACAGUAUGAAAAUGACAACAUAUAAAUAGGUUAUAGUUGUUUUAAAGUUAUCUGCCUUUUUAGUUUAGCUGUAUCUUUGCACCUUUUCAUUCAGAGGAAUAAUCAGACAUAAACUGUGACUUCACUUGUAUAUAAUUUGCUAAAAUGUGUCAUAUUUAAAUUUAUACAACUGUGUUGUGGUAUUCUUUUCAAAAUAAAGUUUAUUUGGGAAAUAAUUGGUUUUGUGGAAAAUUCUUCAAGCCCCAGUUUCCUCAGCAGCUUUAUUGAUUUUCUUAACUGUUAGUCUAGGUUUUACAUCGAAACUAAGUGAGGAAGAUAGACAGGUAGUGAGGGGAGAGGGGUAUGGUGACAUUUUGAAUGUGUCUCUGGUUGUCUACUCUGUACAUAUUUGUAAGGAAAGCUGUGGUUUGUUAAAAUUGUUUUGAAAUAAGCAUCAAACCUUGAGCAUCAAGGACAAUAGUUAAUGGUGAAUUUUUGGUGCUGGAGAAGGUGUAUGUGAUGUUUUGUUUUGUUUUGAUGGUAGUUAUUAUUGUUUUGGUUUGGAAUUUUAUUGUGUGUCACAGGUGGACAUUAUGAUGAUUAAUGCCUACUAAGUAAAUUAGUGCUAUACAGUACCUUAUGUAAUUAAAUGAAAUGCUGGGUUGCCAUAAAUAUCACAAGAAACAAUGAUUUCUGAUUCAGAUGGGUGAUCAGCCAUUUGAAUCUUUCCUUGUGAAAAUGAAUCUGUACUUCUCAUCUUAUUCAUGACAUAGGAUAUUGCUUACAUCCAUAAUAUACACAUCAGCAUGUGAUAUCUCCACUGAAUUGAAGAUAUGGAUCUCAGUGUUUGGAAAUUGCAAGAGAAUAAAAAGGAACUGGGUGGAAUGUUAUGGGAUGAAUAUACCUCUCACCUUGUAUUAAAAAAGCAAAUCGUCAGUAUAAUAAUAACUCUGGGAAAAAAUAACAAGGGACGUAUUUUCCAGAGAUGCAGAGCACUUGGACAUAAGAGGUUUUGUUUUAUUUU